AUGGCAACGGUCAAUCAGGCGUGCACCAAUUCGAUUUGGCUUAUUUCGAGGGGAAGACACCCUAUUCUAAGGCUUCUGCGGGAUGUGCUUCCUCCUAAUCUUCCAGCUUCUCUGAAUUCUCUUCAAGAUGAGUUUCUCUGGAAAAAUUCUCCUUCUUCUGAGGCUGGAGAUUUUUCUUCUUCUAAAACAUGGGAUUUUCUUCACCCGGUGGGUCAAUCUUUUAACUGGACGAAACCUAUUUGGUUCAAGGAAAGAAUUCCGAGGCACACUUUUAUCUUGUGGAUGGCUAUGCGGGAUCGUCUGUUCACCAGAGAUAAACUAAGGUCUUGGGGCCUAAAUGUUCCAUCCUCUUGUCUCCUUUGUGACGCCUAUCCUGAAUCCAAAUCCCACCUCCUUACUGACUGCAUUUACUCUCGAGAGAUCUGGACCGGCUUCUUUCGGCGGUCGGGUUUAUCUCCCCCGGUUUCACUUGAGGAGAUUGUUGUUUGGUCAGAUUCGCUUUCUCCCCAGAGGAAGGUGAACACAAAUUGUAAGAUUCUAGUUCAGGCGAUUGUUUAUUGCCUUUGGAGAGACAGGAAUUCGAGACUGCACUCUUCUAAUUCAAAACCGCCCCAUGUCUUGAGUAAGGAGAUUCAAACUAUCUUAAGAGCUAAGCACCGACAUCAAGGAGUCAUACCCCUUCACCUAGUUCUCUCUUUUCAAUUUGUAAUCUCCCUCUGGUUAGUUGCUGCUGCUAUUGUUGUUGUUGCUUACCGUUUCUUUUGGUUCCUCGUUGGAGGCUCUUUUGUAUUUCCCCUCUUUGGGGUUUUUUAA